CACAUCAGCGCGGACCGCGGACGCCUCACCUCCGGGUCCCGUCCCUUCCUUUUCCUCCAGGGGAGGAGGAUGGGGUUGCAAACGCUUCCCCCGAGGAUGCUCGUGUGGCUGGUGGCCUCGGGGAUUGUUUUCUACGGGGAGCUUUGGGUCUGCGCUGGCCUUGAUUAUGAUUACACUUUUGAUGGGAACGAAGAGGAUAAAGCGGAGACGAUAGAUUACAAGGACCCUUGUAAAGCCGCUGUGUUUUGGGGUGAUAUUGCCUUAGAUGAUGAAGACUUAAGUAUCUUUCAAAUUGAUAGGACAAUUGACCUUACACAGAACCCCUUUGGACUUGGACAUACCACAGGUGGAUUUGGAGACCAUGGUAUGUCAAAGAAACGAGGGGCCCUCUACCAGCUUAUAGACAGGAUAAGAAGAAUUGGCUCUGGCCUGGAGCAAAACAGCACAGUUAAAGGAAAAGUACCUCUAAAAUUCUCAGGGCAAAAUGAGAAAAAUCGAGUUCCCAGAGCUGCUACAUCAAGAACCGAAAGAAUAUGGCCUGGAGGUGUUAUUCCUUAUGUUAUAGGAGGCAACUUCACUGGCAGUCAGCGAGCCAUGUUCAAGCAGGCCAUGAGGCACUGGGAAAAGCACACAUGUGUGACUUUUAUUGAAAGAAGUGAUGAAGAGAGUUACAUUGUAUUCACGUAUAGACCUUGUGGAUGCUGCUCCUAUGUAGGUCGGCGGGGAAAUGGACCCCAGGCAAUCUCUAUUGGCAAGAACUGUGAUAAAUUUGGAAUUGUUGUUCAUGAAUUGGGCCAUGUGAUAGGCUUUUGGCAUGAACACACACGACCAGAUCGAGAUAACCAUGUCACUAUCAUAAGAGAAAACAUCCAGCCAGGUCAAGAGUACAAUUUUCUGAAGAUGGAGCCUGGAGAAGUGAACUCACUUGGAGAAAGAUACGACUUUGACAGUAUCAUGCACUAUGCCAGGAACACCUUCUCAAGGGGGAUGUUUCUGGAUACUAUUCUCCCCUCUCGUGAUGAUAAUGGCAUACGUCCUGCAAUUGGUCAACGAACCCGUUUAAGCAAAGGAGAUAUUGCACAGGCAAGAAAGCUGUAUAGAUGUCCAGCAUGUGGAGAAACCCUACAAGAAUCCAAUGGCAACCUUUCGUCUCCAGGAUUUCCAAAUGGCUACCCUUCUUAUACCCACUGCAUCUGGAGAGUUUCAGUGACCCCAGGGGAGAAGAUUGUUUUAAAUUUUACCACAAUGGACUUAUACAAAAGCAGUUUGUGCUGGUAUGACUACAUUGAAGUGAGAGAUGGGUACUGGAGGAAAUCACCUCUCCUUGGUAGAUUCUGUGGGGACAAGUUGCCUGAAGUUCUUACCUCUACAGACAGCAGAAUGUGGAUUGAGUUUCGUAGCAGCAGUAACUGGGUGGGAAAAGGCUUUGCAGCUGUCUAUGAAGCGAUCUGUGGAGGUGAGAUACGUAAAAAUGAAGGACAGAUUCAGUCUCCUAAUUAUCCUGAUGACUACAGACCGAUGAAGGAAUGCGUGUGGAAAAUAACAGUGUCAGAAGACUACUUUGUUGGAUUGACCUUUCAGGCCUUUGAGAUCGAAAGACAUGACAACUGUGCCUAUGACUACCUAGAAGUUCGAGAUGGAGCCAGUGAAAAUAGCCCUUUGAUAGGGCGUUUCUGUGGUUAUGAUAAACCUGAAGAUAUCAGAUCUACCUCCAAUACCUUGUGGAUGAAAUUUGUUUCUGAUGGAACUGUGAACAAGGCAGGGUUUGCUGCCAAUUUCUUUAAAGAGGAAGAUGAGUGUGCCAAACCUGACCGGGGAGCCUGUGAGCAGCGAUGUCUGAACACACUGGGCAGUUAUCAGUGUGCGUGUGAGCCCGGCUAUGAGCUGGGACCUGACAAGAGGAGCUGUGAAGCGGCUUGUGGCGGACUUCUUACCAAGCUUAAUGGCACCAUAACCACUCCAGGCUGGCCCAAGGAGUAUCCUCCUAAUAAAAACUGCGUGUGGCAGGUGGUUGCACCAACCCAAUACAGAAUUUCUAUGAAGUUUGAGUUUUUUGAAUUGGAGGGCAAUGAAGUUUGCAAAUACGAUUAUGUGGAGAUUUGGAGUGGUCUUUCCUCUGAGUCUAAGUUGCAUGGCAAAUUUUGUGGUGCCGAAGUGCCUGAUGUGAUCACAUCUCAGUUCAACAAUAUGAGAAUUGAAUUCAGAUCUGACAAUACUGUAUCCAAGAAGGGCUUCAAGGCACAUUUCUUCUCAGACAAAGACGAAUGCUCUAAGGAUAAUGGUGGGUGUCAACAUGAAUGUGUCAACACAAUGGGAAGCUACAUGUGUCAGUGCCGUAAUGGAUUUGUGCUGCAUGAAAAUAAACAUGACUGCAAGGAAGCUGAGUGUGAACAGAAGAUCCACAGUCCAAGUGGCUUCAUCACCAGCCCCAACUGGCCAGACAAGUACCCAAGCAGGAAGGAAUGCACAUGGGAAAUCAGUACCACUCCUGGCCACCGAAUCAAAUUAGCCUUUGGUGAGUUUGAGAUUGAGCAGCAUCAAGAAUGUGCUUAUGAUCACUUGGAAGUAUUCGAUGGAGAAACAGAAAAAUCACCAAUUCUUGGAAGACUAUGUGGCAACAAGAUACCAGAGCCCCUUGUGGCUACUGGAAAUAAAAUGUUUGUUCGGUUUGUUUCUGAUGCAUCUGUUCAAAGGAAAGGCUUUCAAGCCACACAUUCUACAGAGUGUGGUGGUCGACUGAAAGCAGACCUGAAACCCAGAGAUCUGUACUCGCAUGCGCAGUUUGGUGAUAACAACUACCCGGGACAAGUGGACUGUGAAUGGCUGUUAUUGUCAGAACGGGGCUUUCGACUGGAGCUAUCCUUCCAGAUUUUUGAAGUGGAGGAAGAAGCCGAUUGUGGCUAUGACUAUGUUGAGCUUUUUGACGGUCUCGAUUCAACAGCGGUGGGGCUUGGUCGAUUCUGUGGAUCAGGGCCACCAGAAGAGAUCUAUUCAAUUGGGGAUGCGGUUUUAAUUCAUUUUCACACUGAUGACACAAUCAACAAGAAAGGAUUUCAUAUAAGAUACAAAAGCAUUAGAUAUCCAGAUACUAUGCAUACCAGAAAAUAACACCAAAACCUCCAUCGAAACAUAAAGGAAUGUGCAUAAUGGAGAGAAGACGUAUUUUUUUUAAAUGAAGAUAUUAGCACAAAUGUUUUAUAUAAUGAGUUUGACCAGAAGAAGACUGUAAGAACAGGAUUAUCUCUGUACUAAAAGAGAAGUUUUCAAGCCAACUCUGAUCAACAUUGCCAAGAUAUUGAAACUCCAUGCUUGAUGGUAUAAAUAUAAAUAAAGCUGGUGAGAAGGCACAUGUAACUUCAAGGAAGACUCCAGAAGAUUUUGUUCACAGCUUGACAGAGAUGCCUUGCCAUUCAGACAGUUCGAUUCAGGGUCUGUGACCUUGCAGAGUGUUUCUUUUUGACAAUUUUUCAAGAUUUGGGAGAAAUCAAAUGAUCUUGCAGGUCAUAAACUGAAAAACCCUCUUCUUGUAUCUUAGGAUGAUUGCUUUGGCUUUGUAUCUUGGAUACAGAUCCAUAUGGGAUGUUGCGAAAUGGGAGUCUUUUGAGGGCGGUUUGUACUUUAAAUGUGGGCGUGUCCGGAAGUUUGGA